CUCAGCCGGUCAUCUGACCUUCCAAUGUCGUAAUAUGUUACGCACAACUUUGGGAGCAGAGAAGGAGUCGGAAGUGAUCGUUGACGUUAGCAGUACGUCCAGUGAAGCGUCGAGUGAGAUUUCAUCGGAUAGCGACGAUGGGGGCGCGGAGGUUAAAGAAUCUACGACUGACCAGACGAAACGUGUCGAUGGUUCUGCUACAGGACGCAAUGAUGACACUUCAAGAGAUUCAAAGUCGUUCUUCGCCAAAGCGGAUCGCGAGAUACCCUCCAAACGACCACACAAGAGUCGCAGCCAAUCAGAAUCUAGGAAGACUAAACGCACAAAGAAGUCGAGGAGAAAGUAUAGGUGA